AUGUGGUGGAGUACUUUACCCAGAAUUCCUGAAUGCGGAACCUUGUCAAGAAAUUUAUCCCUUUGAGGUGUUUUAUCUGUCAGAACCGCCACUGUGGGAUGAGAAUACAGUUGCAAGCCACAGCAAUUCAACUAUAAGCCUGUUGGGCUCCAAUCAGAUCUUCUUCGUCGGUGACACGGUUUCCUUAGUCAUCAAAAUGUUUGACAAAGCAGGCAGGCCACGUUUGAAAGGGGGAGACAGGAUCAAAGUCUGGCUGAAAGACAUGCAGUUCAAGCGCAGCAUUAGCACAAAAAUCACCGAUUUCAACAAUGGGACUUACCUGGCAACAACUAUACUACCAUGGGCUGGAAAUAUUCGAGUUAUGGCCACGCUGAGACAACCCAGAGAAUUCUUCAGAGCCCUAGCUUACGUACACAGAGCUAUUAAAACUACCUUCGUCUACGCUGGAAGUUACGUGAAUUCUAAGGUAAACUGUUUACAUGAUGUUGAUCU